UGUUUGAAAACAAUCAUUUUCUUUCCGGUUACCCCUAAUAAACCGAUUUCGGACAUUCAAGAGUAUCAUUUUUGAUCAAAUUAAAAUCGAUUUGUCGUCAAUCAAAUUGAUUAAAAAGGUGAAAUCGAAGAAAUGAAACCCGAAUUCAAACGGCUGCCGACAAAUGUCGUACCAAAACACUAUAAUUUGGAACUGACACCGUGUUUGACUUCAUUCACAUUCGAUGGAAAGAUAUCGGUUCAGUUUAAGAUCCGAGAAGAAACGGACACCAUUGUUUUAAAUGCCGUUGAUUUGGCGAUCAAAGAUGCGUCAGCACGAUUAGAUGGAACGGAUGAAUCACUUGAAUCGUCCGGCAUCGCAUUCUGUUCGGAACAAGAAACGGUUACCCUGAAAUUUCCUAAAAGCCUAUCCACUGGUUCAGAAGGGGUUCUCGAUAUUUUGUUUAACGGCUGUUUGAAUGACAAAAUGAAGGGUUUCUAUCGGAGUAAAUAUCACGCACAAAGCGGUGAAGAACGUUACGCUGGUGUCACGCAAUUUGCGGCUACAGAUGCACGACGAUGUUUCCCAUGCUGGGAUGAACCAGCGAUCAAGGCAACAUUUGACAUAACACUUGUCGUUCCCAACGAUCGAGUUGCACUGUCAAAUAUGCCAGCGGUAGCUGAACGAAGCGUUGGCGAUUCGUUACGUGAAAUUCGAUUUGAUACAACACCAGUCAUGUCGACGUAUCUGGUGGUGGUUGUUGUUGGCGAAUAUGAUUAUGUCGAGACGAAAUCAAACGACGGCGUUUUGGUUCGUGUGUACACACCGGUUGGAAAGAAAGGACAAGGUCUGUUUGCCCUUGAAGUGGCCACGAAAGCAUUGCCAUACUACAAGGAAUACUUUAACAUUGCGUAUCCGCUGCCGAAACUGGAUCUUAUCGCAAUUGGUGACUUUGCUUUUGGCGCUAUGGAAAAUUGGGGACUGAUUACUUAUCGAGAAACCACCGUUCUGGUUGAUCCCGAGAACACUUCGUCGAUUCGGAAGCAAAUGAUUGCAUUGACUGUUGGUCAUGAGAUCGCCCAUCAAUGGUUCGGGAAUUUGGUGACAAUGGAAUGGUGGACGCAUUUAUGGUUGAACGAGGGAUACGCCUCGUUUGUUGAAUUCCUGUGUGUCAACGAACUGUUCCCGGAAUACGAUAUAUGGACGCAAUUUGUGGCUGACGUAUAUACACGAGCCCUUGCAUUGGACUGUUUAAAGAACUCCCAUCCUAUUGAAGUUCCCGUUGCGCAUCCAUCCGAAGUAAAUGAAAUUUUCGACGUCAUCAGCUAUUCGAAAGGUGCCAGUGUGAUUCGAAUGUUGCAUGAAUACAUUGGUGACGAUGAUUUUCGCAAAGGAAUGAACAUCUACCUGACACGUCAUCAAUAUCGCAACACGUGCACUGAAGAUUUGUGGGAGGCAUUGAGCGCGGCGAGUAACAAACCGGUUGCUAAUGUUAUGUCAACGUGGACCAAACAAAUGGGCUAUCCGGUAAUCACAGUAUCGGCCAGGCAAGAUGGUGCUAAGCGACGAAUUUUAACAUUAAAUCAAAGUAAAUUCACAGCCGAUGGUGUUGAACCAGCCGAAGACUACUUUUGGAUGGUACCAAUUACUGUUUCAACAUCGAAGGCACCACGGGAAAUUGCUGUCGCGAAAAUGUUCGAUAUCAAGACCGUGGACAUCGAGGUCGAUGAUGUGGGCGACAAUGAUUGGGUGAAAAUCAAUCCGGGAACAGUUGGAUUUUAUCGGACACAUUACACACCGGAAAUGCUCAAUUUACUAAUGCCAGCCAUAAGGAAUCAGUCGUUGCCACCGUUAGAUCGUUUAGAUUUGGUCGACGAUUCAUUUGCACUGGUGCAGGCUGGUCGUGCAUCUACACGUGAAGUGCUUGAACUGAUCGACGCUUACCAAACGGAGACUAACUACACGGUUUGGUCGUCGAUCACGAAUUCAAUGAUUAAAUUACAGACACUGCUGUCGCACACAACCGUUGACGAACGGUUCGACAAAUAUGUGAUUGCACUGUACGAACCAAUUGCCAACCGAUUGGGUUGGGACUGCAAAACCGGCGAAAAUCAUUUAGAUACACUGUUGCGGAGCCUGGUUUUAAAUCGGCUCGUUUCGUGUGGAUGCCGUGCGACCAUCGACGAAGCAAGAAGGCGCUUCAAACUACACGCAAGCGGUGAACAACUUUUAGCCGCUGAUCUUCGUUCAACUUGCUAUAUGGCUGUCAUGCGGAACGGUGAUACGGCAAUUUAUGAAGAAAUGUUACGUUUGUAUCGGCUGCACGAUUUACAGGAAGAGAAGGAUCGGAUUUCGCGAGCUCUCGGCUCGUUCCGUAAUGUCGAGAUUCUGAAGCGUGUGAUUGACUUUGCUGUUUCGACGGAAGUGCAUGCACAAGACACAGUUUUCGUUAUAGGAUCCGUGGCAAUGAAUCCGAAGGGACGUGAAAUGUGCUGGGAUUAUUUCAAGGAGAAUUCAGUGAAUUUGGCGGCACAAUUUAGGGGUGGUGUUUUGUUGGCACGUCUGGUGAAAUUUUUGACCGAAAACUUUACAUCCGAAGAAAAGGCACACGAAGUGGAACAGUUCUUUAAAGAGAACAGUUUCGCCGGCACCGAAAGAACCGUAUCACAAUCGGUUGAAACGAUUCGUUUGAAUGCAAUGUGGUUACAGCGCGAUCUUCAAAGCAUAACUGAAUUUUUGGACAUCGCAUCCAACUAAACGAUCGAUAAUGGAGAAAAAAAUUAAAUAAAAUUUGACUGAACAAUU